UGUGCUGCAGAUGUCAUCUCAGGAUAUUAUGGGCCAGUGGUCAGAAUACUUUGACGACUCCUAAAUCCCACUAACGUGUCUUCUAUUGAGGAAGCAGAACCUGGGCCUGUCAGAUUUUGGACUUGAGAAUACGGGAAAUAGUUAUCCGUCCCCUCCCCUUCACUGGGGCUGAAGGGGGUGGAAAAAAACAACCGUAGGAGGUAAAAGCGGGGGGAAGAAGACUACAGACUACCUUCAGAAAGGGGCCGGAGGGCAGGGGAUGGAACAUAGUCACUCUAAUGGAAAAUAUUAAUGCAGGAGCAUGCCAGGACAGGGGUAAAAUAUGGUAGAUGGACUCAAAGAAAGCUUUUGGUGUAGAAAAGGUCUUCACCAAAAUAAACCUGUUAAUCAGUGAGUUUUAUAGCAGCUCAAAGGUUGAAUACUGAACUUGCAAUGAAACACACCUCAGUUGGAGCUGACCUGAAGCAGGAAUCAGGUUGUGGUUGUUAGUACCUGAGAAUCCCAGAGAAAAGUGGAAGCCUCCAGCUCUGCUGCUUCCAGCUGCUCACACUAAAGCUUCACUCAGAGACAAAAUGGCUUCCAGACCAGAGGAUAAUCGCUGCAGUCUGCACUCUGAGAAACUCAAACUCUUCUGUCUGGACCAUCAGCAGCCAGUUUGUCUCGUCUGCAGAGAUUCAGAAAAACAUAUCAACCACAGAUUCAGACCCAUUGAUGAAGCUGCUCAGUAUCACAGAGAGAAUCUGAAAACAUCUCUGGAGCCUUUAAAGAAGAAACUGGAGCUCAGGAAGAAAGUUCAAAAAGAGUUUGAUGAGACAGCAGAACACCUGAAGGUCCAGGCCCGACACACAGAGAGGCAGAUUGUUGAGCAGUUUAAGAAGCUUCAUCAGUUUCUAGCAGAGGAAGAGGAGGCCAGGCUGGCUGCACUAAGUGCAGAAGAGGAGCAGAAGAGAGGGAUGAUGGAGGAGAAGAUGGAGGCUCUGAGCAGAGAGAUAGCAGCUCUUUCAGACACAGUCAGAGCCAUACAAGAGGAGCUGGAAGUUGAAGACAUCUCAUUCCUGCACAACUACAAGGCUGUAAUGGAAAAAAUUCAGUCCUGUAACCUGCCAGAGGAUCCACAGCUGCCCUCAGGAGCUCUGAUAGACCAGGCCAAACAUCUGGGCAACCUGGCCUUUAACAUCUGGAGCAACAUAAAGGACAUGGUGUCCUGCACUCCUCUGGUUCUGGACCCAAACACGGCUGGUCCAAAACUCCUCCUGUCUGAAGAUCUGACCGGUGUGAAUGUAGGAGGGGAACAGCAGCUUCCUGAUAAUCCAGAGAGAUUUGACUACUGGUGGUCUGUUCUGAGCUCUCAGGGUUUUAACUCAGGGAACCACAGCUGGGAUGUUGAUGUUGGAGACAGUAAUAGCUGGGCACUUGGAGUGAUAGCAAAGUCUGUCCAGAGGAAGGGAAAGAUACGAUCUGGAUUGUUGCUAAUACGGUUCUAUAAAGGUAAAUACUCAGUUGAGACUUCAUUAACUCCUUCAGGUUUGUUAGUCCAGAAGAAACUCCAGAGGAUCAGAGUGAUUCUGGACUGUGACAGAGGAAAGCUGUCAUUCAUUAAUCUGGAUACUGACACAUACAUACACACCAUCACACACACCUUCACUGACAGGAUGUUUCCAUACAUUGAAACUCACAAUAAAGCAAAAAUCCAACCAAUAAAAAUCUUAGUGACUGAACAGUACCAUUAAUUUUCACAGGAUGAAGAACUGAGUUCACUGCUGGCAUCUUUCUGUCCUGACAUUGGAUUACCAAACACCUUGCUAAUACUUUUUGUCCCAAAUCCUUUGAAAGUUAUAAUGAUGGACUAAUGUUUUCAUUCAGUUCUUCUUGGUUUUGGUUCAGUUUUGAGAAAUUAAUAUUGAUAUGAGGCGAUAUGUUUUCAUCUCAGGACGCAUUUACCAGAGUUCAUUGUGAUCCGACAAUCUACACUGCUCAGAAAAAUAAAGGGAACACUCAAAUAACACAUCCUAGAUCUGAAUGAAUGAAAUAAAUAUGAAAAUAAUUUCCACCUGUUGUCUAUUCCAUUUGCACAACAGCAGGUGAUAUUGAUUGUCAAUCAGUUUCUAAGUGGACAGUUUGAUUUCACAGAAGUUUGAUGUACUUGGAGUUAUAUUGUGUUGUUUGAGUGUUCCCUUUAUUUUUUUGAGCAGCAUAUUUCUAUAUCCUAUUCAGAGGUUGCGCUACAGUUUUUUUGUUAUAUUUGAUUGCUGAUUCUAUGUUGCAUGACUGUGUUUUUAUGUUUAUGAUGUAAAACACUUUGAAAUGCCUUGCUGCUGAAAUGUGCUAAAUAAAUAAAAU